AGCAAGCAGUUUCUAUUGCUAAAUCCACUCAUAUCAUAUCACCAUGAAUCAUCACAAUUCUUUUCUCAUAAGUCUUGCAAUACUUUUUUGGUGUAUAGUUCUUUAUGACAACCUAAAAAAGCAUACAGAACCAGAAUAAAGUAGAAAGAGGUGGAUCAUGCAUUAGAUUAUGACACGCAUGAAUCAUUAUUUGGCUAUUAAAUACAUGAUUUCCUUGCUUGUGGUCUAUUGUUUCAAUUUGGUCCUUCCUCUGUAUAUCCUCUUAAUUCAUAAAACAAAGAGCAAGUCACCUAAAUAUUUGACAUAAUUAUAGUAUUAUUUAUAAGUUGGCUUUGGGGAUUAAUCAUUAUACUAAUUCCUUUCUGUGGCCAAGUGUCACUUUUCCCCCAAGAGAAAAAAGACUGUUACAGAGCAAUCUUGUUCUAGGAGUAGUUGGCAAGCAAACAAAUUUUCUGGAUUUUUUAUGCGAGAAUUAUUCUAUUCCUGUAAUGAUAUCUCAAAGACUCAAACCAAUAAUAAACAAACCAAUCAAGUGAAAAUGAAAUAAAUUUCAUUAUUUAUACUCCGAAGAAGAGGCAAUUUUCUACAACAAUUUUCACUUACAAGGUGGGUUACACCUAGAAGAUUAAUGGGGACAUACUUUAUAAUACAAAUCCUGAGAUAAAAAUAAUUAUUAUAGCAUAUCUUAUGAAGUUUCUUCAUCAUGACUAAUAUAAAAUCAAUAACAAGAUAACGACCCAUAUAGUCAUAUAGAAUAGAUUUGAAAAUUCUCUUAUAAUACUUGCCACCUACACAUACUUGCCACCUCAGCAAGUGCAUGGUAUAAUUGUAACCUCUAAUUAUUCUUUAUAAUGGUGGACACUCCAUUAUCAAAACAUGAUCUCAUCCUACUCAGCUAUAAAUAUGUACCCCCUCUAUGGCUCAUAAUCCAUUGUGCAACAAACUAAGAGCCACUUCUCAAAAAACAAGCUUACUUCAAGGUUGUGGUUUUACUCUUACUAAAAUGGAAGGUGGAAGCGCUAAUGGUCCUAAAUAUGAGUGCUUGCUCUUCGAUAUGGAUGACACUUUAUACCCUUUGAGUUUGGGGAUCAAUAUGGCCUGUCGCAAGAAUAUAGAAGAGUAUAUGCUGCAUCAUAUGCAUAUUGAAAAAAGUGAGGUCCCUAGGCUGUGCUUAGAGCUGUACAAAGAGUACGGGACAACGAUGGCUGGCCUUAAGGUGAUGGGACACGAGUUUGACAAUGAUGAGUUUCAUGCUUAUGUUCAUGGAAGAUUGCCAUAUGAGGUGCUAAAGCCGGAUCCAGUGCUACGUAACCUCCUGCAUUCCAUGCCCCAACAGAAAAUAAUCUUCACCAAUGCAGACGAAGCACACGUAGCUCAAGUGCUUAGCAGGAUGGGAUUGGAAGAUUGCUUCCAUGGUGUGAUAUGCUUCGAAACUCUGAACCCUCCAUCAGGACCUGUUAAAAUCAAGGAUGGGACUGUUGAAGCUAAAGAUGUACCUGAGAUGGAUAAUGGAACCUCGAGUCGUAAGACUCAAAUCCUGUGCAAGCCAUCUGUGGAAGCAAUGGAAGCUGCUAUUCGUAUAGCAAACGUUGAUCCAAAGAAAACAAUAUUCUUUGACGACAGCAUUCGUAACAUUGCAAGUGGCAAAGCAGCAGGGCUCCACACCGUAGUUGUGGGGAGAUCUACUCUAGUUCCGGGUGCAGAUCAUGCUUUGAACAGCAUACACAAUAUAAAAGAAGCCUUACCUGAGAUAUGGGAAGAUGAAGUGGAGCACUUGGAGCAAAUAAUCCAAUCUUCUGCAGUAGAAACUGUGGUCCUAGCAUAGACAACACUCUAUAUGGACCAUAAGAAUCACAAAAAAAUGUGACACCUAUUAAUUAGAGGAGACUACUUACCGUAUACUGUAAUGAUGUAUUGCCUAUUAUUAAUCAAUAAAGUUCCAGUAUUAUACUAUGAAA